AUGCUAGGCCUGAUGCAGUUUCUUAUGAAACGUUAUUAUACAUGCUUGGAAAGUAUACUGAAUAAGCCCAUAUCAUCCACCGUCCGCCUGACCAAUCUCAACUACGGUGAAGUUUACUUCCACGUUCAAGCUGCAUCAAGUGAUCUCCAGAUUCGUCCGGAUUCUGGCAUUCUUAAAUACAGAGAGAAGGAAGAGAUAACAGUCUUCUGGAAGCCAAUGGAAUGGAACUAUACAGAUGUUUUACGUGAUCGCAUCAUUAUAAGAUCAUCAAAGAUGUACGUCACGCAAGCAUGUAAACAUGGAGAAAUGCAACCCAACUCGUUCGACAAUUGCCAAACUAUCUCAAUGACACCGAUACUGACUGAACUCGCUGAGCUACGCCGGGAGGUUAGACGACUGCAGCUUCCGGAUUCAUGCUCUCGUUGCAGAGGUUCGAUCAGUGCGACUCGAGCAGAGCUCAACCAGCUACGCGAGGAAUUGGAGCAGCUCAAGGAACGCGACAGACGGGAGUGA